UCAAACAUGUUUGACAAUAAAGUAGUACCAAUCCCCCAAAAGUGAGGUUAUCUAAAAAUCGGCUAUUCCCAAGGGUUUUUGCUUAUGGUUUUUGUUACUCCCAAUUAAUAUCUAACUUGUGGUCAUUCCAAGGAUACGACAUUUGUAGCACAGCAUCUCAGCAUGGAAGUGGCCAUAGUUACCCCCAGCUCUUCCCUGGAUAAGCUGAAAUGUUCCUCUUGCUCCAGUUACUUGUCUUAUUUUCCAAUAAGAGUGUGCGCCAACAACCAAAACAUUUGUGGCCGCUGCGUUUCUCCCGCUGAAGAAGAUUCAGUUUUCCAGAACAUCGCUUUUGAAACUUUGUCGCAAUUUUUGAAAUUCCCCUGUCGCUACGCAAAUGAAGGCUGUGCGGAGCAACUGCAACCUAAUAAAGUUCCAGAGCAUGAAGAAACUUGUCCAUUUAAAAUCAUAUCGUGUCCAGUGAAGAAGCUCAACAAGUGCAAAUGGACAGGUCCUCGACCCACUUCACUCCAUCAUUGCGAAACUGAACACCGUAAAAUGUUUCUAACAGAAGGGUCAAUAGCCAUGGACUUUUCUUCAGAUAAGCAGAGCCACCACCUGAUAAAAUUCGAAAACUCUCUACUAAUUUUCGCCAAGACCUUCAACCCCUUGAAUAAAAUAAUACAAUUUGAAAUGUAUACAACUGAGUUGGAAGCCGCCCCUAUACAAUUUUCAGCUCAAGUAAGCGUCCAGUGUGACGAGACGAGUCUUUCUCAUGAUUUUGUCACCACAAAUUUUGAUGAAAUUUCUUUGAAUGAAUUAAAACUCGAUUCUGUGGUCACUGCAAAAACAGGAACUCUCAAAGUAACCAUCCUGGAGGCCGUUGUAGAUCCUAGUCGUGUCAUCAAUUUGGAAAUGCUUGCAGUCUUGAAAUGUUUCAGGUGUUCAGGGUACGCCGUGCCCCCAAUUUAUUACUGCAUCACAAACUCCCAAACGCUUUGUUCCGACUGCAAACCAAUCCAUCAACGUGCAUGCAACACCUGCUCGCGCAACAACUCCAACCGUAACUUCAACCUAGACCGAAUGGCCGAGAAACUAAACUACCCAUGCAAAUACCAAGCCAAUGGGUGCGCGUUCAUUUCCAGCCCCAGCGAAAUCAAAAAACAUCAAUCGGUGUGCGAACUCGGCGACUUCGAGUGCCCGAUGAACGAAUUCGACGGGUGUGCUUGGAAAGGAUUGCUCCAAGACUUGGAGGAGCACGUUGGGAAGUGCCACGAACAAGUGGUUACUAGUUCCUCCAAUCUCACGAAACAGCUCCUCCCGGGUCAAAUGAACUGCGAUAUAUUCAAGUUCUCGAGUCAGUUGUUCCGAAUGGUUUGCUUAAAAACAUCUGAAGGAAAGCACAUGUGGAGUAUGCAGGUGAUUGGGCCCUUUAAGGAGGAGUAUAGGUAUGAAAUCGAGAUCGUGGAUCCCAAGGAGAGGGGGCGCAGGUUGUUGAUUCGUCAGCAGUGCGGGCUGUUGACGAAAAAAGAGGACUUGUUCAAGAAUGGGAAUGGUUUUUGUUAUUUUUUGAAUGAUCAGAUUGGGGAGUUUGCAUCCGGGCAUGAUAUUGGGUUUAAGGUUCAUAUUUUUGUGUAGUCAUUUAAGUAUAUAUAUUUUCUUUUGUUGAUAUCUUGUUUUUCUGUAGGUAAUUUAAAUACAUUCUUUGCUUUUGUA